CAUAGCCAACAAACUGUUGAGACAUUUCAUACGCGAAAUAAGUUUUACAGAUUUUAACAAUAUUUUUGGAAGAUUCAAACGAAAUGGAGAAGCCAGAUGAAAAAGGGUUCGUCAAUGUAACAUGGCCAAGUAGAAAUGUUCCCCACGGUGGUAUCUUCCAUACGAAGACAGUUCAUCGAACUCCAGCACAACAGGAAUUUAUAAAGGUCCUUUUGGAAGAAUCCAAGCUUAGCAUAGCACAGCGACAUAAUGAUGUUCUCAAAUUACGUAAACAAGAAGUCAUUUCAAAUACAAGGGACGUCCAAGACAGGUUCCCUUUGACGAGACCUCGCACUUCUCGACGUCGAUCCCUUUCAGCUAUUCGUGCUUCCGGCAUAUUCGACGAAGACGUGUAUCGACCGAUCAAACGCGGUGAAGAUAGAGAAGUGUUAAAGGACAGACUUUCGCGUUUGAUGUCAGAUGGAGAUUGUGGAGAAGCACACGAAUUAAAAUCGAAACCUGUAGAAAAACCAGCGAAGAAAACUGCGACAUUACCGUCCAAUAAAGAAAUGUGGAAUGAAAUAUUGAAUCAAAUUCGUGAACGUGUGGAGUGGCUGAGUGAAAUGGAGCAGUUGGGAGAAGCUGGUCCGCACAGAGACAUAGUAAACGACCAAAUAGCCGAACGUAUGCGAGCACUGGAUGUACUGGGGAUAGACAGCGAACCGUCUACAGCUAGAACUAUAGCCUCGAGCUCUGGUUCUACUACUGGUGUUAAUAAAUCAGUAAAAAAAGAUACUUUCAAAAAUACUAAGCAAUUUCCACUAAUGUCGUCCACUGAACACGAACAUAGAUAUGCACGACACGGUCUAAAUGAGGAGAAUGUUGCUAGCUACGAGAAAAUGUCACUGAAAUGGUCACCGAGACGCCGCGUUUGAUUUUUCUUUUCUUUUUUUAAACUUAAUUUAUUGAGAUAAUUUUAUUUUAAUUAAGUAGGUAUUUUGGUGAAAUGAAGUUUUUGGAUUCGCAUAAUCUGUUUUUUUUUUUCAUAUAAAGUUUGUAAAGACGUGAACAAACAUAUCAGUCUGAAGGUGUUUCGAUUUUCUUAUAUUUUUAUUAGGCAUUACUUCUUCCCGAAAAGGCCAAUUCAUGUUCCAAAACAAAUUCAAUGUUGAUGGUUGAUUAAUUUACUUAAAAUAAAAUGCAAGGAAAUUUAGGAAACGUAUUUUUUUUAUUAAAUUGUAUUUCUAACCGUCAUAACAAAGCACGAGAUCCUAUUUAUCUAAUUAAAUUAUGAAACAAACUUACAGUUAGACAUACUUCGUAAAUUUCGAUUUUAGAUAAAACAAUCAAGAAUAACCUAUAUUGAAUA